AUGGGGAAUAAGAAAAACACAACGGUGAACGACCCGGUCUACGCACAGCCAACAUCAGCGGAAUCCCAGCCUAAUUCUAACGCUCGGAAUGCGGGCGCCGAGGAUGGGAGGAAUGCUGCAGAAAGUAGUGGCGCUAUCAUGAAGGAUGACCCUGUUUAUUCUCAAUCUGCCGCUUCCAGCACGACGGUGAACGACCCAGUCUACGCACAGCCAACAUCGGCGGAAUCCAAGCCUGAUUCUAAGGCUGGUGCUGAGUCUUCGCGGAGCGAGAGGAACAGUGGCGCGAUCAAGGAUGACCCUGUUUAUUCUCAAUCUACUGCUGUCGCUGCUACUACUGCCACUACCACUACUAGCACGAUGGUGAGCGACCCGGUAUACGCGCAAGCAAUCUCUGCGCCAGCGUCUCCGGACGUGGCUGCGGCUACGGCUUCGAAGCCAGGGCAAGGGGCAAUUGCGGCAGCGACGGAUCCGGUGUAUUCCCAAUCUGCUACUGUGGACAACAAUGGCGGCGGCAGGAAUAGGUCUUCUAGCACCGAGACCCAGGUUAAUGACCCGGUUUAUUCGCAGAUUCAAUCUGCUCCUGCUGCUCCAGGUACGCAAAUAAGACCAGGAUACGGCGAUAUUGCGCCAGAAGACGACCCUGUGUAUUCCCAAACCCAGACACAGGCAGCAUCGAGACUAAAGCAGCUCAGCUCGCAAGUGUCACCUGCAGCAUCUCCCGGACCAGCAGAGACUCACCAAGCGAACAGCAAACGGACGCGGAAAUCCAAGCGGACAUCGAAAUCUUCCUCGUCGCUAGGCGCAUCCACGGAUCUCCCCGACGACUACUCCGACAUCCUUGCACACAUCUCGAAACUACAGAGCAUCGCCUCCACGCCUAAUCCCAAUAACAGGGGCUACAUCCGCCAAAAGACAGCGGGGAAGUUGUGGGCACGGGAGAGAAUCUCGCAGCUUGUGGACGAAGGCACAUGGCGCGAAUUCGGCUCCGUGACGGGGACGGUCAGCUGGAAGAAAGACGCGAGCAAUCCGCAGCGCGAGCAUAUCGAGAACUUCACGCCCUCGAACAACCCACAGGGAUUCGGCCGCAUCACGUGCCCUCGGACAGGUCAGAGACGUCAAAUCUACCUGACAGCCGACGAUUUCAGUAUCCGAUCUGGUCAUGCCGAUGGCGCCACAAUGGGGAAGACACUUCAUGGUGAAAGCUUGGCGCUCAAGCUCAAGGUUCCCGUGGUGAAGCUCGUGGACGGCUCCAGCGGCGGCGGGAGCGUGAGUACAAUCAUGAGCAAUGGGUACUCAUAUGUCCCUCACGUUCUGCUGUUCUCCACGGUGAUCAAGCAGUUGAACGCGGGGAUCCCCAACCUAGGGGCCGUGGUCGGACCCGCGAUUGGCUUGGGAGCCGCGCGAGUGGUAAGCACACAUUUCUCUGUGAUGGCGGCUGAUAUUGGAUCUCUGUUCAACGCGGGACCCAAGGUUGUGGAGGGAGCUACCUUUGAAGAAGGCCUUAGUUUCGCCGACCUUGGCGGUCCAUAUGUCCACUGCACGAACGGGACGAUCGACAAUCUCGCACAGAACGAGUCUGAAUGUUUCGAUCAGAUCCGCACCGUGUUAGGCUACCUUCCAGACUGUGGUGAGCUACAAGCCCCGCCGGUAAGUGCUUGCAAGGACGACGUCAACCGCGAAGACAUCGCCCUACGCAGUAUCAUCCCCAGGAGGAAGGCACGUAUGUACAACCCCUACACAAUCAUCGAAAGUGUAGUGGAUCGUGGUUCCUGGUUCGAAAUUGGAAGACUCUGGGGCCGGACGGGCAUCACUGGGCUUGCGAGGCUCGGUGGUCGUCCUGUGGGAGUCUUGAGUCUCAACUGUGAAGUCAACAGUGGCGCACUGGACGCUCUUGGUAGUCAGAAGUUGAUGAAGAUGAUCAAGUUCUGUGAUGUGUUCAAUCUGCCCAUUCUGCAGUUUGUCGACGUCCGUAAGUACUUAACCCAGAGUCACUCAUUCUAUGCUCCAACAUUCUUUUAUCUGCGGGAACACAAGCAAGCUGACUCAUUUCCCGGUUCACCAGCUGGCUAUGCAAUCGGCACAGUGGCCGAACGCACCGCAACCAUGAAAUGGGGCAUUGAGCUAGCCAAAGCCUACUAUUCCACCACAACCCCCAUAUUCUCUGUGAUCACACGACGCGUGUACGGCGUGGCUGGUGGAGUGAUGCUCGACAGCCGAGACCCCAUCAUGCGCAUAGCCUGGCCUUCUGGGAAUUGGGGGUCGCUUCCUCUCGAUGGUGGGAUUGAGGUGGGCCACCGCCACGAAUUGAAAGUGAUACGGGAGAAAGAGGGUGAGGAGGGAUGGAAGAGACGGUACAAGGAACUCGAAGACGAGUAUAUACGACUCAUGAACCCAGUGAGGACGGCGCAGCCGUAUAAUAUCGAGGAGAUCGUGGAUCCCAAGGAUACGAGGAAGAUUGCGUGUUGGUGGACGAAAGAGAUGUAUGGGGUGGUGAUGCAGGAGAGGCUUGCUGCUCGGACGAGCGGUAAGCUUCAUGCCGUGUUCACCUAG